AUGGCCAAUCAUUUGCUCCACGACAUGGGGGUAACCGGCUGGUUUAUCACCCCAUGGUCACCAUACGAGGUGGGGGACGACGACGACAAAGUACAGAAUUGGAAGUGGGCAGCCACGACUUUCCCGCUGCUCCCCCGGCCUAGACGCUGCAACAAGCAACAGCCUCUCCUGCAGCCAGGGAAUCUGCAAAGGACAUCUCCAGGGAUCUUAACCUCCGCCUCCCAGCUGCCUCAUCCCCGGCCAGCCGCCUGCCUCUCCCGGCGAGGAUUGCGAAAGAAGCCCGCGAAUCACCGCCGGCCUUGCAGGUGCAGAGCGCCCGCCCCGCUCGACCGCCCGCUUACCUACGGCACCCGAGCCUCCUCUCCGCCGCCGCCGACUCAGCCACCUCGCAUAGCCGGGCGCUGGGAGCCCCGCGGGCUCAGUCCUCCUCCUCGGAGGUCCCGGCUCGGGCCCGUCCUCUCGGAUCCGCCUCCUGCUCGCCACCGCGCGCUUCGGCUUCCCAGCCCCUUCCCCCCAGACAGCUCCCCCGAUGGAACCGGCCGCUGUGCUCAGCUCGAGGAGGAGGAGGAGAAGCGGCAGCGAGGGCAGCAGCAGCAGCCUCCCCCUCCCGAGGAAGUGGGCUCGUCCGCAGCGGUCUCCAUCUGCACCUACGGGCAAGGGAGAGAGAGAGAAGCUCGGGUAGAAGACCGUAUUGCUCCUAAAAGCCUCGGUCCCUCGGCGCCUCCGGAGGGCUUCCGACGGCUGCCCCCGUAAUGCACCAAAAGCACGCGCCUCUCGAUCUGCGGGAGUGGAGGGAUUGCUCGCUGGGCACCAGCGGGAAUGCUAUGGAACGCGCCGGAAAAGGAGACGGCCGUGGAGAGCAGGAGAAGUCUCGAAAGCGCCGGCGGGCGGGAGAGAGCGCAUUUCAAGGCCGCUUAGCUCUGCUCUCUCGCGGGCAGCCUAGUGCAAUUGCUCUCGGUGAAAUGGGCCUGAGAAAGGCGCCACAGCCCUCGCCUCUCCGUUUAGGGUUCUUCUAGGAUGGACUGUCCCGCCUAGGCGUUUAAGGGGAGCGUUCCCAGCAGCCAUUUACCGGGCUCAAAUGCAGCCAUUAAAAACACACCACCGCCUGCUUGCUGGUGCGCCAGGUAUUAAAGGCACAAAAAAAGCAGGGGGCGGGGGUGGAGAGAAGUACAUUGAAAAGUUGGCUGCCCUUCCCUCAGCGGGGCAGAAUUCAAGGGGUUCCUCCUGGCUAAUGGUGAAAAACCUCUGAG